AUGGCUGCCGUGUCGCUCUCCUCCUCCCUCAGCAGCCUCGCUGGCGCGAAGCUCGCUGUCGCGCAGUCCACGUCAGCGAAGACCUCCAAGGUCCAAGCAGUGCGUUGCGUCGCCGGUCCUUCCGCUUCUUCCGCCGGGAAGCGCGCAGAGGAGAAGAGCAUCUGGGAGAAGCUAGGAACCGGCGCAGCGGCGUUCGGACUAGCCGCCGCGCUUCAACUGACUCCGUCAGCCGUUGACGGAGCUAAGGCCGACGAGUUCGCAAUCCUGCGGUCGCCACCGCCGCUCGAGUCGCACUAUUACGACGACGCGAAUGUCCUCAGCCGGAUCACGCGGUCGGACAUUAAGAAGCUGCUGACGGAUUUGGAGGAGCGGACUGGUUUCCAUAUUGACGCUGUGACCCUGAGGAAGAUUGCUGGCAAGGGCGACGUGUUCGAGCUCGCGGACAGGAUUCUCGAGUCGUGGUACCCGACCGUGGAGGAGGGCGACAAGCGCGGAGUCGUGCUCCUCGUCACCUCGCAGAAGGAGGGAGCCGUCGCCGGCGGUCCCACGUUCAUUGAGACCAUUGGGGAUGAGGUGUUCGAGGGCAUCGUCUCUGAGAACCUUCCAGUCCUGGCCACUGAGGAGCGCUACAACGAGGCCAUGUACUCGACAACCAAGCGCCUUGUAGCGCGGAUCAACGGAGAGCCGGAUAUCCCGGGCUCUCACCCUUUUAUUUCUCCCUCUAUCCCUAACUCUUUGCUUAUCCAGUCUUGGCCUCAUUGCCACCAAAACUAUGUGUUGGUCCUGGAAACCCAAUGGGUGCCCUGCACGCCAUGCCAGUCCUUUCCAUACCUCGCCCCGCCCCCCCACUUCAUGUUCCUCUCUGUUCUCCCCAUCUCGUCGUCCUCCCAUCCCCCUAAUUCAUCCACUGUCCCGUGCAUAUUGGUCCUGGAAGCCCAACAGUAUUGGUCCUGGAAGCCCAACGGGUGCCCUGCGAGUGGCAUGCGCUUUGAUGCACCAGGUUUCCUCAAACUCAUGAAGAACAAGGUGUUUGCGAGUGUGGGCGAGUCCAUCUCCGUUAGAGGCUUCCUCCUUGCAGUCGUCUGCAAUAUCGCCAAGUUUACACAAGUGAAGAUGCUAGCUAAACCCAACAAGUUUGGAGAUACCGAGGUUUACGUCGUGCCCAGUUACAACGUGACACUUGUCAACUUCUGGGCGCAGUUCCUAGUCGCGAUUGACCGGAGCAACCAGACUCUCGCCAGGUUCGGCAACACCAAGCCUGCGCUACAGGACACCGUGGUGAACCUCCACAAGCUGGACCCCUCCUGGGCGGCAAAACUCGACUUGAUCCACGUCAUCGUGUUGCAGACUGCCACGGACUGGCCGGCAGGGCGUGGCCUUAUGCGGCGGUACUAUGCUGACGCGAAUUGGAACGCCAUCAAGCCGGCUCCUUCGACCUAUGAAGCGUACGAGAUCGGCAUGAGGACUGUGUUCAGUGCAUUCGCAGGGCGCAACAAGAGGGGAAAGCCCUUCCCAGUGCCCUACUUCCUGUCAGCGCCUCCUCGGCUCAACGGCUGCCAAAACGUCUCUUCCCUCAGCUCGCCACAGCAGGUGACAUCCCUUUUCAACGACAACAAGGCAUCCAAGGGUUUCCUCCCCAUCCAGCAGAAAGUCUUCCAAAACCGCCGCCCCUUCCGCUUCCUCCCCAUCACCUACCUCUCGAUGUUCCGAGGAGAUGCGUUCAUGUCGUCUAGUGGGGCGCACGAUGGUGGGAGAGACUGCCUGCACUUCUGCUUACCCGGUGUGCCGGACACAUGGGCCGAUGCGCUCUACACCACCAUGAAGAAUGACCGGUUUAUUGUGAAUAAUGCAGCUAAAUAG